AUGGUUGAAGGCACGAAUUCCUGGUGCAACGGCGGAGCAGCAGCAGCAGCAGCAGCAGCAGGGAGAGAUGCGAAGGCCCGCGGAGAUGAGAGUCCGGUGCAUCGUGGAUUUGCAUGGCAUCCAUUGCAGCGGGUCAGUCGAGUCGAGUGUCCCGCCGAACUGGACCAGCUCCGGGGCCUUUCUGGUUGCGGGGACCAGCAGUCAUUGGCGUUACAGUCUGAUUCUGAUUCUUGGAGGGGCCGGGUGCGCACGGAGACUGCCGAUAUGAUUGUUUUCUUCUUUGGGCCGAAACAAGCGCAAUUGGUGCACUAUGGACGACUGUACAGUCUUGACCUCAUGCCCUCCAGGUCGAGGCUCCCGAAGGGCAAGGCCAAGUCCGAGGGGCGAGGAGUUGGUACACCAGCAACACAAUUAGCUAAUAAGAAUGGAAACAGUGGCCCCCCCAACCCCACAGACGAUAAGACAGCGGGAGACUGGCCAAGCGUGAAGGAGAGUGGACUGGAAGACCUCGCUGAGGAGAAAAACAGUGAAGAAGACGACUCGGUGGAGAAUCGAGCACCCUGGAAACUUGAAAGGACCCUAGUCACCCUCCUGAGGACUGCUGAGUAG